UUGUCCUGUCGUCCGUAUCGUAGUUGCAGUUUUUCCUUUAGUUUUUUCCCUUUAGGAAGUAGCUAGCUAGAUAGAGUAAAUAUAAUUGUGUAUGUCCAUAAAUAUUGUCAGACUUUUCAAUUUUAAUGAUCACAAUUACGUGCAUGUUAAUUGUUAAUGUGUAGUGCUGCAGCUUUACUAUAGACGCUAAGGUGAGUAUGAGGAGUGUUGCAAUUUUGGAUGCAUUCUAGCCAAGCACUUGCAGCACUUGUCUUGGGCGAGUUAGCCAGUUGUUAGCAUGUAGCUAGCUAGUCAGCUAACGUUAGCUUCCUACCUUGCAGGUGUUUUACUAUAAAGGUAGUUAUAUGUCAACUGAAUCUCAGCUCAAAUGACAUUCUGUUGAAAUAUAUGGGUAACUAGCAAUGGCAUUCAUCGUCAUUUUGAAAUGUUGUCAUCCUCAAUGUUUUAGCUAGCUAGCGGCAGAUGAGCCUUCCAUUAACGUUAUUAUAAAGGUAAAAUGGCUCUGGCCAGCAGAAUAGCUAACUAACGUGAGGAGGCUGUACUCGUUUUUUUUGUCAUCGAUAGAUUAAGUCCUUGAAGCUUUUACAUAUUACUCUGAUAUACGUAUCUCUAAUUAUUCUCUUACGUUUCCGUUGGCAGUAAAGAAAAAACUCUUAAAACUCAUUGUUUGAGACACUAGAAAUAGUUUCUUGUGAGUGAUGUAGAAUUGAAUGGUGCCUUUGUAUUCAGUAUUCAUCUGUAUUAAAGUCUCAAUGCUUUUCUCUUCUAUUUUACAGCUUGCUACAGAAAUAUUAAAGGCCCAGUCAACAGCUCAUUAUCAGAUAUGACCUGCAGUAGACAAGGAAAACGUUAAUCAGCUAAGUAAUUAAUGUCAUAUUAAGGGGAUGUGACAAAUAUAUAUAUAUAUAUAUAUAUAUAUAUAUAUAUUAUUCCGCAAGGGGUUUUCUAAAGGAUGAGCAGGCCAAUGUUGGAAUUGUUAAGUGGGCUUCCUCCAAUUAACAGGGAGCCAUAGCCCUCAAAAGAAAAGCUAUUUUUUCCCAAGGAAGCAGAGAGAGAGAGUGGCAUUUGGCAGGAGCCACAGGAAUAGGGCAGUGAGAUUUCAGGGAGUGGUGUGGAACCAGGACCAGAGUCAGUAAGAGUCAGUGCUAGGUCAGUCACCAUGGGUGGUGUAACGGGACCAGUUUUCCUGUGGCUGCAGGAUGUGUUUGGGGUAACUCUCCUCAGAGCCCGCAGGACUCUACUGCAGGCUGCCAUCCUCUCCUGCGUUCUAGUGCUGCUCGUCUGGGUGGCCAUCUUCCUCUAUGGCAGCUUCUACUACUCCUAUAUGCCCACCGUCAGCUUUUCUACACCAGUGCACUACCACUACAGUACUGAUUGUGAUGCCUCCAAUUCAGUCCUCUGCUCUUUCCCCAUGGCUAACAUCUCGCUGCUAAAGAAUGGCAAAGACCAGGUUAUGAUUUAUGGUCAGCCAUAUCGAAUCUCUUUAGAGUUGGAAAUGCCUGAGUCGCCAGUCAACGAACAUCUUGGCAUGUUCAUGAUUAAGAUGUCUUGCUACACCAAGGAUGGCCAGACAGUUGCAGCUGUGGCGCGCUCUGCUAUGCUGCACUACCGAUCUGGUCUCCUCCAGACAUUGAAUACUCUACUGUUCUCUCCUCUCCUGCUGACUGGGAUGACGGAGCAGAAGCAGCUCGUUGAGGUUGAGCUCUUCUCAGACUACAAGGCCAAUUCUUAUCAACCCACUGUUGGUGCGGUCAUUGAGAUCCAGUCUCGGCGGGUGCAAAUCUAUUCAGCUCAGCUAAGGAUCCAUGCUUUCUUCACUGGUGUCAGAUACCUCCUGUACAAUUUCCCAUUGACGUCUGCAGUGAUUGGCGUGGCCAGCAACUUUGCCUUCCUCAGUGUCAUUGUGCUCUUCGGAUACCUACAGUUUAUAUGGGGGGGACUUUGGCCUCCUGAGCAGGUCAGGGUUAUGAUGGGAGACACGACUCGCCUGCAGCGUAGAAGAGAAGAGGCUCGGAAGCGCAUGUCCUUCUCACAGAUGGAGCUGGAAACACCAGAUGUGAUUGGUUCCCUGAACGAGCCCUCUGGUUUGCCAGAGAAUCAAACAGCUCUAGGGUCGUCAUCAGAUGUGCCCCUGGAGGCUCCUCAGAUUAUCAAGACCGAUGCAAGUCAGGAGGAGCCUGCUGAUCCGGAGGAUAGAGGUGCAGGAGCAGUCCUGUUGGAGGGACCCCAGGUACCUCAGCCAGGGGAAUCUACGCUGCGUCAGAGACAGGGACCCUGGAUGAGUCUCUGAACCAUGGAUCAUCGCUCAGACAUUCAAAAGUUCACAGGUCCCUCAAUGUGCCUUUCACCGACAGGCAAAGAGAUCCAUUGAUGUAUGGAUUGAAGCAGAAAGACUGACACACUGACUCCCACAAACACCCUGCACAAAUAUUCCCUAUAGCCUAUCAUUUUACUUAGCAUGUAAUUUAAUAAUAAUCAUAUAAUAUAAUAAUAUAUGGCAUUUAGUAGAGGCUUUUAUCUAAAAUGACUAUGGAACGUGGCAUAAUAGCUAUGCUCUUUGAUUUUUCAAAGAUCAACCAGUGUCAAGGUUAUAAGCCUUCUUUAGUUAGGCAAAUAUUUGUAGGAUUAAGCUCAAUCCUGACUCUUGCAUGUCCUUCAGAGCAAUGAAAAUUAUCACUCCGGUCUUUAAGCACUUAUUUAAUUCCCUAGCCUGCAUCAUUGUAGCAGAGACAGUUGUUCAACCUUUUUGUUUUACGAAUGAGUCUUUAAGGAAUGUGUUUGAGCAGGUACACAAGCAUAGUUGAGAAUGCCUUUUGUGCCUGUGAUUGAAGCCUGCGGUUACCAUAAGAAUCAGAGUGCCCUGAGCUGCUGAAUGAUGACCCUGCAGAUUACACUGUUACACAUUUAAAGUUUCUCCAGAGUUAUUCAUCUUAAACGCAAGGAACAUGCAUUAUGUUUACGCCUCUGUAGAAGGUUAUUGUAUGAUUUUCCUUGAGGAAAUAUGCCUUUUAGAGCUAUUACAGGGACCACCACAUUGAAUUUAAUUUAAUUGGGCUGAAACAUGUACAUUCUAUUCCCAAAGGAUAGCACUUAAAAGUAUUUAUUAAAGCACUUGUUUCCAAAGUGGUCCUUAAUGUUACUUUGUUUUUAAAUUAAUAUGUAUUUUUUCUGUUUUAGAUAACUAAAUGUUUCAAGGAGCAAUGAAGGAUAUGUUAAGUUACAAUUGGAAGUUUUGUUGAAAUGUACUCAUAUAUGAAAAAAGUGUUGUAGAAAAUAAAUAAGAUACGGUGAAAUGUCA